AUGUUGGCAGUUUUCGACAAAACAGUUGCAAAAUGUCCUGAUGCUUUACAGAGUCCACACUCUACCCCAUCAGACUCUGCAUUGAAAGAUGACCUCUUGGCCAACCACUUUGCCUUACUGCACCCUGGCUCUGUCACUGUCAAUCUUGGCUCUUCUGGUCGCAUUGCUUACUCUCUUGAUAAGCAAAACCCUCUUCUUCCAAGGUUGUUUGCAGUUGUGGAUGACAUUUUCUGCUUGUUCCAAGGCCACAUUGAGAAUGUUGCUGUUCUCAAGCAGCAAUAUGGUCUAAAUAAAACUGCAAAUGAGGUGAUCAUUGUCAUUGAAGCUUACAGAACUCUCAGAGAUCGAGGCCCUUAUCCUGCCGAUCAGGUUGUGAAAGACAUCCACGGGAAAUUUGCUUUUAUUUUAUAUGACAGCACUGCAAAAGCCGCAUUUGUUGCUGCUGAUGCUGAUGGAAGUGUACCCUUUUUCUGGGGAACUGACUCUGAAGGCAAUCUCGUUCUUUCAGAUGAUGUUCAUAUCUUGCAGAAAGGCUGUGGGAAAUCUUUCGCUCCAUUCCCUAAAGGAUGCUUCUUUACUUCUUCUGGAGGUUUGAGGAGCUAUGAGCACCCCCUGAAUGAGUUGAAGCCAAUGCCAAGAGUGGACAGUUCUGGUCAGGUCUGCGGAGCAAAUUUCAAGGUGGAUGCAGAGACGAAGAAGGAAUCAGCUGGCAUGCCAAGAGUUGGUAGUUCUUACAACUGGUCUUCAAACUACUAA